GAGGUUUUGGAUUGUCAAAAGAUUUUUGAAACUUGUGUGAACAAAAUUUUAGUUUGAUGAAAAAAAUAUUGCAUAAAAACUAAGACGAUGUGAGUGUAAUUAUGUUUGUUUGUCGCUGCAUGCUGACAAGCACUCCGUUCGGAUAACGUUAAGUGCUUAUCGGAGCUCACAGAUUACACAAAAAGCAAGUCGUAACUUAUUCAUUUCUUUUCACCUAAAUGGGUGGACGAGCUCACAGCCCACCUGGUUAACGCAUUACUGCUUCACGGCAGAAAUAGGUAGAGUGGUGUUACCUGUGUGGACUCACAAGAGGACCUACCACCAGUAAAGUUUGCGUGCAGGAAGUACUCGUCUUGAUCAUUUAGGCAAAUGUUCUUCAGUCUGUUGGCCCUCGCGUUAGCAGGAUUAGCUCUGUAUGUUUACACAAACGAGAACACUCAACAGAGUUCGGCCUCCAUUCUCCGCGAGGUGUGGACUGGGAAAUGUCAGCUGUCGUGCUGCGAGAGCCGUGACGGCAACGGACAUGAAGCAGGGUCCAGCUCUGGUCCAGUCCCCUGCGCCUGUGCCCCUUGUCCUUGCAGAGUGCUAGCCAGUGUAUACAGAACAUGCCGUCCAGCGGGCCAGGCCUACAGAAGAAUAGCCGAUACAAUAUCGGACUGUUUCUACAUCGGUUUGAUUAUGUUAGCAGAAGCAUUUAUGUACAUUCAGAGGGUGUUUCAGUUCGGUAGAUCGCGCGAGAGACAAGCCGAGUUGGUGAAUACAAAUGUUUACGAAUCAACAGAGAACUUCCAUUUCAAUGGCGACGAGCCAACGGAGAAAGUUUCCAAUAAAACUAACAAGAACAUCACACAACACGAGUCCGUAUCGAACGCUAAUAGACGGGCUAUUGCGGAGGACGAAUCAAACGUACCAUUCAAUGACAGGGAUGAUAUUAAUGAACCAAAUAUAGAGUUCGGUAAAAAUGAAAUUAUUGGAAGUGUUAUAAAUGACAAUAUUCCUGGUUUUAUCGAAGCGUCCGCGGCGAAAGCUGAUGAAGAAUCUAACGCGGCGGACGCCGGUUGUCAUAAAUGUUUAGAAAAAGGUAAAGUCUGUAUGAGUGAAUGUCCAAGAGCUAAAACGAAUAAGAAAUAAAAAUGUUGUUCUA